AUGUACUCAACCGUGCACCGCAAUUUUCUUGCUCUUCCUCUUCGCAGCCUCGCUCUGGCCUCAUGUCGUCCAAUUUUUCAACCUUCACUGUAUAAUCCGUUCCAGCUCAAAGCCAGACGCGUCAAUGUCUUUACCGCAAUCACUAGAACCCUCUCUACCUCUUGUGUCAGGUACUCUGACAGGAAGGCCGACGACACCAAAGGCUCUGCUGCAGUGUCGCCUUUGCGCGAAAAUAUAUACACCAUACCAAAUCUGUUGACUGUCUCCCGGAUACUUUCGUGUCCCGUACUCGGUUGGUCCAUACUACAUGACGAUUUCUUCCUCGCGACUGGAUUACUGGUCUAUGCCGGGUUGUCUGACUUAGCCGAUGGCUACCUGGCAAGACGCUUCAGCAUGCAUUCAGUUCUCGGGACCAUUCUUGACCCUGCUGCGGACAAAACUCUCAUGACCACCCUCACGGUGACGUUGGCUAUGAAGGGGUUGCUUCCUGUCUCGCUGGCCUCAAUAAUCAUCGGGCGUGAUGUGUUGCUGAGUCUUUCCGCUUUUUACAUUCGUUAUACCUCGCUCCCGGCACCAAAAACCUUCGCUCGAUAUUGGGACUUUUCUAUACCAUCUGCUGAAGUACGGCCUACCACAAUCAGCAAGUACAACACCUUUGCUCAACUCGCUUUAAUGUGUGCCACAACCGUCACACCCAUUCUGCCCGCGCAGUACACCCUGUUUGUACCCGAAAUGCAAAUUUUGGUUGCUGUAACAACGGUCUGGAGUGGGCUGUCCUAUGUAUUUUCCAAGGAUGCCGUGCGAAUAGUCUCGGAGACGCGCAAGAGGCCUCCGUCUUCAUAA